AUGUUCGCCACACUCCUUACCCUCGCGCUCGUUGCUGCCCCCGCACUCGCUGCCUUCAAUAUCGAAACCCCCCAAUUGACCCAGUGCGCCUCUGCCAAACUCUCCUGGAGCGGCGGAAACGGUCCCUACAACCUCGUCGUUGUGAACUCGACCGCCCCAUGCGGUGAUAUCCUUGCCGACCUUGGCGACCACGCUGGCAACAGCAUCCACUGGACCGUCGACUUCCCUGCCGGCUCGACCCUCAUGCUCUCGUUGGAGGACAAAAACGAGGAGGAGGCAUGGUCCGGUGCUAUCGUCGUUGGCAAGAGCUCCGAUGUGUCCUGCCUCAAGGGUGCUGCUGCUCCCUCGUCAAGCGCCUCCAAACCUGCGUCGUCGGCUCCCGCUGCCCCUUCCAUUCCCUCCAACCCCGUCCAAGCUGCUGGAGCCGGAGUUCCCGGUGGUGCAGCUGCCAGCGGGGAUGACGACAAGAACCCCGGCGUUGCUGGCGCUCUUGGAGCGACCAGCGGUGCUUCUGUCCUCCGCAUGAACCCCGUCAUGGCCCUUAGCGCAGUUUUCGCUGCCGCACUGAUGCUAUAA